GGAAAGUCACUGGCGUUUGUUUGACUUCAUCGUGCUUCCCAUCGAUCCAGUCCCGAGUUUCUCUCUGAAACACACACAAUGUGGAGGCAGUGCAACCCAAGUCGGACAUACUGCGGGGUAAGAUACAGCAGCCUAACGCCGCGCUCACUAAAAACUCAGACAAGAUGAACUCAAAAUACGACAUAUCAAGUGGCCAGAACCCUUAAUAAGGACGACAUACUUCAAAAAUACUUCCUGACAUCACCCUUUCACGGCACCAAAACGAACCAUGGAUUCCUACCCUCAACACCAGUUCACCACCAAGAGGUCUUUUACAUAUAACUACUAUAUUACCCCACCACAGCCUGGGAAAGAAUGGAUUCUGUUCCUCCAUGGCUUCCCUUCUGCUCCUUUCCAUUUCCGACAUCAGAUCAAGUAUCUCUCAGAGAAAAGGUAUGGAAUUCUAGCGCCUGAUUUAUUGGGUUAUGGGGAAUCUUCUCAACCGGCAGAUGUCAAGGCGUAUACGGGGACAGGAAUGACAGAAGAUCUCAUAGAGAUUUUGGAUCACGAGAAAAUUGAGCAUGUUCUUGGUGUUGGUCAUGAUUGGUAUGUAUCCCAUAUAUCAAUUUCGGUCUGUAGUUUAUUUCCAAGAGAAGAUGAUGUUAAUAAAAAUCAGGGGAUCAUUCCUUCUAUCCCGACUAGCAAAUUACUACCCCUCCCGAAUCAAGAAAUGCGUGUUUUUAGAUGUGGGCUACUUACCGCCUGGCCAUGCUAUGACCAAAGAGGCUGCCACAAUUAUUAAUACUAUGAUGAAGAAACAAAUUGGGUAUUGCUGUUUUGGUUAUCCCUUGUUUUUUGACGAGGAUGGUGCUGAUAAGGUGAUGGAUGACAAUGUAUGUAUUUUAAUAUUUUGGAGAACAGGAUCUCAAGCUGACCUGCUUGAUAGAUUGACAGCGUGAUACCACUAUUUUUUACUCAGGAUGAGGAGAUAGUAAAGGAGUAUAUGGGCGAAGAGGGAGGCACUAGAAAAUGGCUGGAAGGAAAGAUGACAACUGAGUUACCAUCGUUUUUUACCCCGGAGGUAAGACAAUUCUGAUACCAAUGUACCAAUGUGAUGUUCGCUAAAAGAUAUAUCAGGACCAAGAACACUUCCACAAAUAUUUCUCAACCGGUUUCUUGGGGCCGGUAAAUUGGUAUAGAGCACAGAUCCACGAUGUCAAUCACGAAGAUGAAAAAGGUAUUUCCCAGCAGUGUUUCCUUUUGACUUGUAAAUGAGUUCAUGUUUCUAAUUGUGGAGAAGAUAUCCCAGAGCUGUCGAAGGAGAUUGAGCAACCAGUUUUGAUCAUUUGUGCGAGGAAUAUUAUCUCUAUGGCAGCAGAUUUUGCAGGACAUAUGGAAAGGUUUUGCGACGAUAUGGAGGUUAAGAAGACUACGGCUGGUCAUUGGAUUAUGUUGGAGAACAUUGAUGAGACUAACGAAACGCUGGAAGAGUUUUUUGAGAAGUGAAGCCUUUUGAUUGUAUUAUAUGAAAUUACUCCCAUAGACCGAGAGAAUCAACGAAACUGCAAACAUUCUACAUA